AUGGAACAACUUGCAGAUGCAGUGGCUAAUGGGCCGUGGGUGGAGAAGACGGGCAAAGAUUUUGAUCCAUUUCCAGUUCAAUCAGAUGGACAGAGCUGUGGGAUCUUCAUGCUUAUGUACGCCCUCUGCAUCUGUACUGGUGCCCAGUUUCACUUUUUGGAUAGUGACAUACCAUCCAUUCGCAAGUGGUGGUGUCUCCAGAUUCUGGAGAAAUUCUCAAUCACAAGGCAUGGGCAGCACUUCGGACAGCGCUUUGCCUUCUGGACAGAGGAGGCAAAACAGAUGAUGGCAGGCAACCUACCACCUAUUUAUAGGAUUCCUCGACCCCACAAAGAGGAGCAGGUAGAAGUGGAGGAGCUACCAUUAACUGUCAAAGACAUGUACACGGCAGAGUACAUCGUCAGGAACAACCCUGGGCUGUUUAAGGGACGGGUGCACGAGCCGUCAUUCGUGUGGAUGAAUCAUGAUGACCAACUUAAUUGUUGGAGAGUGUUGAUGGACACAAUGGAGUGUGAUGCCAAGGACCCAUUCACAUUCACUUUUGACCAUAUGCAGGACAUGGACACAUUUAUGGGGGUUUGUAGAGACAUGCUCGACCUUCGUGUUAAUGCUGGAUGUGGGCUGCACAGUCCCCCACAUGUCGGCCGAGUGACUGACUCUGACUGACUGCUCAACAGGCCCCCAUGGCUCCUCAGCAGGCUCAGGAGAGCCCUUUGCCCCAGCAGGGCCAGCUCAUUAACACGUGGUGGAUGGUAACAUUGCUCUGAUUGCCCUGCAGGAAUUACUGCGCACCCUCAAAUAUCCCAGCUCCCCACAGCAGCAACAGCAGGUCCUCAACAUCCUCAAGUCUAACCCCCACCUCAUGGCCUCUUUCAUUAAACAGAGGACAGCCAAGUACCAGGACACCCAGCCGCAGCAACAACAGCAGGCGCAGCAGGACACUCAGGCCAUGCUUGGGUCCCAGGCAGGAAUGCAGGCAAUGGUAGC